UAUAUAGCGUCAAAGGUCACUGCAAUUGCAAAUUGUAUUAGCGAGUGAGUUUUUUGUCGCCCCUGAACCAUUUACACUUGCAAUCGGCGAGGGAUAGCGUGAUCGUGAGACGUUUUAAAGGGAUUGCGCAAACGCGCGGACCCCUCAUGGUGAAGCUCCGUGUUCCUCCUGGGUGUGAUCGGCUGUCUCCGUGCGAGGUCGGCGGAACUUGGUCCUCGGUCCUUUGUCAGCCAACGACUCGGACAAACCCCGCCGGUGGUGUUCCACAUGCGACGGUCUGUGCACAAAAUCGUUAUCAAAUCGACGCGAUGUGAUCAUCCAUCCAUCUGCUCAUCGUGAUUGCGUCGCGUAAGCUCUUGGUUGAAGAAACUGGCGCGGAACACUUCCACGUACCUCCUGCUAUGUGCCUUCUGGCAAAUAUUCUGAUAAGACCAGAGUCGUUUUUGCUCUGCUACGGGAACAACACUACUCAAGUUAGUCAGGAUAGAAAACCAUGAAUGCUCGUCAGUGAUCAGAGAAGUUAAUAGAUAGCACAUUGCCCCAUUGCGAUGGGUUCCCCACGUCAUUAACACCGAUCACACACCAAAUCUGGAAAAGAUGUAGCACUCUGGGAUUUUCGCAAUGAUCAUGUUUGGCCAUACAUAAAAGGUCGAUUUGGGCAAGUGCGUUCCCCACAGGAUUUCCUUGAGGAACUUGCUUUAGAAAACAAGUUCACAGUAGAAAGGUUCCUUAUACAGCCUCAUAAGACUCAGCACGGUCCAUUAUGCGCAUCUUGCACGGACUUAGUCUCUUUGGUGCUCUGAUUGGCGCGGUACUUGCCUUACCUGCCACCGGUCCUCUCACUAGCGGCGCUAUUAGCGCAUUGCUGGACGGACCUCGUUACGACAACCAUAAGCUCGUCCGCUUGGGGGUCCCAAACAAUGUGUUGGCUAAUGUGCACCGCUUCCUCGACGAAGAACUUGGCCUUGACAUUUGGGAUACUCAGAGCGACCACAUCGAUGUCCGUAUUCCUCCAGGGGCCGACGACAUUCUUACCUCCAAGCCCUUGAGUGAUGUCGCCGGCAGUGCGCUUACAGUGACUGUCCUGGACAACAAUCUUCAGAAGAUUGUUGACGAGGAGACGCAACGAUUGAACAGCCCCAGUGUGCAAGCUGCGAACUGGUUUGCUGACUACCACCGAUAUGCGGACAUCAAGACUUGGUAUCAAACACUUGCCCAGCAGAACCCAAGUCUUGUCACGUUCGUUCCUUCCAUCGGAAAAACCGUUGAGGGCCGCGACAUCUUUGCUGUAAGGAUCACCAGCAAGACUGGCGGCUCCAAACAGCAGAUUUGGUUCCAAGGUUUGCAGCACGCCCGAGAGUGGAUUGGUGGAUCGACUGUCCAGUACGUGUCUGACCGGCUUGUGGCCGAGUACGCCCAGGACAAGACUUUACUGGAUCGGGCGGAAUUCAUUAUCAUCCCAGUCGUAAACCCAGAUGGAUAUGAAUACACUUGGACAGGUGGACGCUUGUGGCGUAAGAACCGUAGCAAGAACUCGGAUGGGUCUUUUGGUGUAGAUCUGAACCGUAACUGGCCCGACCACUGGGGCCAGGGAGGAUCCUCAGCUUCUCCGUCUUCGAUCACCUACCGUGGUCCGUCUGCUGGAUCGGAGCUGGAAGUGAAAGCACUUUCGAAAUACUUUCUCGCACCUGAAAACAAGAAUCUUGUUGGCGCAAUUGACUUCCACAGUUUUAGCCAGCUGGUUCUUCGCCCAUACGGAUUUACGAGUUCCCGUGCCCCCGAUGAGGCGCUUCUCAAGAAAGCUGGUGAUGGUGUCCGUGACCGUAUCCGCGCUAUCCACGGCAAGCAAUAUACCUCCCAGACUGCUUAUGACUUGUAUCAGACGACCGGUAGUGCCACUGACUGGUGGUAUGGCGAGACCGUCACCAAGGCCCUUGGAAAUCGCCGGAUCUAUUCGUACACAAUUGAACUGAGGCCGACUGGAUCCAGCGACCAAGGUUUCAUUCUUCCCCCUAGCGAGAUUAUUCCCACCGGUGAAGAGAUUUGGGGGUCGAUCACCUGGUGGACCAAGUUUGUCCUAGACAACCCGAUCAAGAUUUAAAUAGUUACCACCCAGAGCAGUGUACUUGCUGAGCGACAUUUUUUGCUUAUUCCAGUCUUGACAAUGUAUACCUCAUAGCAUAAUGUAGCUAGAGCAGUAAAAUAUCCAUAUCUGCUCAUUGUUGAGACAGUUUUGCAAACUGUUCAAUGCUUCGAUGCCCGAUCCAUGAACAGGCGAAUAUCAGAAGUGAUUGAAAAACUAAAUUAUAUCAUGAAAACGAGAUAUCGCAAAAAAAGCUCCAACAACAUUACACAAACUAGUCUUAGAAAUAUGAUAAACCAACAAAUCAGAACGGGAACGAAAGCCGGGUAUACAUCGGUGAAAAAUAU